UCUAUUUUAGACCUAUUUUCGUCAAAAUUGAAGGUUGUUGGUACUGACCCUUUUAAUUAAAAAAAGGGAUUGCAAUUUUUCAUGGAUCAAGAAUAGGACACAGUAAGUGACUUCGCUAAACUCUCGGAAGCUCCUCUCUUCUACGAUAACAAAGUUAAAAAUCAACAAACGAAGAAAUAAAGAACGAGUGCUUGUGCGCCAUCAAGAAUUCAAAUGAGAUGCAAAUUCAACCAGUGAUAAUGCGAUUAUUAGUGAUUUUAAGUGUGGCCACCGUCAUUGUCGGGACGGCGGUGCACGCCGGGACAGUGGCCAGUCCCACGGUGGUGUCGUACGCCGGGGAUGUUGCUGGUGGGGGUGUCGUGGAAGUGGCCAACAGUGGCGGUGCAGUGCUAGUGCUGAAAAGGCCAACGGCGGGGGCCAGGAACGGCACGAACCAAGUGCUGCUGCCGAGGCCAAGGUCCAUCCAGAGCGGUGGUGGAAUGUUGACGAGAGCGGAUUCCAGCGAGAAGAACGUGUACCGGACGAAGAUGUCAAAGCUGAAGAUCAUCCUGCUGGCGGAUAUGCUUAACGAUAUUCCACCGCAGAUGGAAUUAAUCACCUGUCUGGCGAACUCGUCGAGCCUCAACGUUACCACCAAGCACUGUGCCUGCGAGCGAUACUCCUGCAAAGAUCUGCUGAGCUCAUCCUCGUCGUCGUCGUCGUCAUCGGCGUCUUCGUCACCUUUCAACUCCGUUAAUCAGAGAAAAAUCCACACCUCGUGCGGAGACUACUGCUGUCGGAAGAAGAAAUUCAACCGCUCGAUCGACCCCAGCAUCCAGAACGCAGUUGCCGCAGCGGUUCGUCAUAAUUCGUUCGCGCCUCCGGCAUCCCGCGUCCAGGUGACGGACCCUCGACCGACCUUGGCGUCGUCGUCGUCGCACAUUCCCAAGCUGGCAUCACGCUGGCGACGAACCUGCGAAGGUGGCACCGUAGUGGACCAAAUUGCAAUUUCAAGCGAACGGGACAGCAACGGCAGUGGACAACGGAGCGGAACCCACAGCCAACACCAGAACCUCCGGCAGUCCGGCGGUGGUCACUUCCAGCUUCCGUGGCUGUAUCGGGUGAUUUUAAUUGAAAAGGAGCUCACAAUUUGCGCCGGCACGUUAAUCCACCCGAGCGUGCUGCUCACCACUGCAGUCUGCGUGAUAAACAAAAAUCCAGACGAGUUAAUUGUGCGACGCCAGCCAACCGAAUCCAGCGGCCGAAGAACGUCUCCGGACCAGCCAGCCGUGGAAGCGGAAACGGAAACCGAACUGGCACGUGCCGUCCAGCGGAUCCUCAUCCCGGACCAGUUCGCAACGACUUUCGAGCGGCUCGAGAACAAUGUUGCUCUCCUGGUACUCCAGCCAAUCAAAGUCAAGCAGCAUCCACAGGAAUCCUUCCCCAGCUCAAUCGAUGAGGGUGGCUCAAUAUUCAAACAGGUAUUUGGAUCGAGAACACCUGGGAUCAUCACCAAGUCCGGACUGGUAAACGUGGGCCAACUUUCCUACCCAUUUGAGGAAACUUCUUCGCUGCAAGAAGAAGACAAACAGAAGCACCGGGAACCGUCUUAUAUUUGCCUAUCGUCAAUUAUAAAUCAUGCCUCUGCUCCAGUGGAGUCCAGUGUUUGCCAAAUCUUCUCCUGGCGGAAACCAGUGCGCAAGAGUGUAGCCUCCAACAGUAGCACCAGCCUGGUCGGCCAGCGGCCACGAGGACAGCGGAGGCAACAACGGCCACGACGGCGGCAGCGACGCCAGCAGCAGAACCAGAGCCAGAUUCGAACCGGGGACGAUGGCACUAAUUACAUAACGGCAAAUAUUAGCAUUUUUCCGGCCACCAGCCUCGACGGUUCCGACGACGAUUCCGGCCAGCAGUGUCGACGGGAACAUCGGGACUAUCUGCAGCACCAGGGCAAUCUGUGUGCCGGACCGGCGGACAAAAGUCGAACCCUGGACGUGGAUCUCAGCGGCUCCCCCCUCCUCUGCACGGCCACCUCCCCAUCCUCUGGCGUGACCCGGGUCGAGCUGCGUGGCAUCCUGACCUGGUCGACGGACAUCAACCGGGCGCCCCAUCUGUUCACCAACAUCACGACCUACCGGGGCUGGAUCGAGUCCGAGCUGGACAAGCUGGACCUGCAACUGGAGCUGACCAGGAGCGUGGCAGGAGCUGGACGACGGCGGCGGCGGCAAUCUGGAACGGGGUCGUAAUUAGAUUUAGAGAGGUUCUUUUUGCUAGAAAAUCAAUCGAGGGGCUGGAGGAAGAAUUUUGCGAGAGAUUGAGCAUAAAUCGAGUGAUACGUGAUAAGUGGAUUUUCACGGCAAUAAAAUUGCUUUUUAUUAGUU